AUGGCCAACCUGGAGACACUUAGUUUAGAGGAUAUUCAGCUGGAGGAAAUCGAGCCAAACACUUUCACGCAAUUGAGUAACCUGAACCAUCUGUCCUUGCCGGAAAAUCACUUGAAUGUUCUCCAUUCUGACAUGUUUACUGGUCUUAAUCAUUUGACAUGGCUUGACUUGACAAACAGUCAAAUCCGUGCAAUAGAGCCUGGAACUUUCGCCAAUAUAUCAGAUACACUGGAGUAUCUCAAUUUAGCCGGUAAUCAGCUGAAAGUAAUUGAGCCAAAGAUUUUCACGCAAUUUAGCAAACUAGCCUUUCUGAUCUUGUCCCAAAAUUCCUUGGAGAUUCUAGCUCCUGAUAUGUUUGCUGGUCAUUUGGUGACUUUGGAUUUGGAUUUUAACCAAAUCUAUACGAUAAAACCUAGAACUUUCGCCAAUAUAUCAGAUACACUGAAGUAUCUCUAUUUAACCGGUAAUCAGCUGAAAGUAAUUGAGCCAAAGACUUUCACGCAAUUGAGCAAACUGAAGGAUCUCGACUUAGAAGGUAAUCAGCUGACAAGCAUCGAGCCAAAGACUUUCAUGGAAUUGAGCGGCCUGAGAAUCCUGGACAUGAAGAAAAAUUACUUGAAGGUUUUAUCUCCUUAUAUGUUUGCCGGUCUUGAUAAUUUGUACCGCCUUAAAUUGGGCGGUAACCAAAUCCAUACGAUAAAACCUGGAACUUUCGCCAAUAUAUCAGAUACACUGAAGUAUCUCUAUUUAACCGGUAAUCAGCUGACAAGCAUCGAGCCAAAGACUUUCAUGGAAUUGAGCGGCCUGAGAAUCCUGGACAUGAAGAAAAAUUACUUGAAGGUUUUAUCUCCUUAUAUGUUUGCCGGUCUUGAUAAUUUGUACCACCUUAAAUUCGGCGGUAACCAAAUCCAUACGAUAGAAGCCGAAGCUUUCGCCGAUAUAAAAAAUAGCUUAACGAAGCUCAAUUUAGAAUAUAAUCAGCUGGAAGUAAUCAAGCCAAAUACUUUCACGCAAUUCCGCAAACUGAACAGCCUGAGAAGGUCGGGAAAUCGCUUAAAGAUUCUAGCUCCUGGUAUGUUUGCUGGUCUUGAUAAUUUGGUCUCUCGUUUCUUGGAGAAUAACCAAAUUCAUACGAUAGAAAAUGGAACUUUCACGCAAUUCAGCGGCCUGAACACUCUGGACUUGACGAGAAAUAACUUGACGGUUCUACAUCUUGACAUGUUUGCUGGUCUUGAUCGUUUGGAAAAUCUUCUCUUGUUGGAUACCCAAUCGAUACGAUAAACCUUGGAAGUUCUGGCAGUUUUUCUCUUCUUCAAAAAGUCUUUCCUGAUGUGGACUUGCUGAAUGACCUUUCGAGACUUCCUAAGGGACUUAAUAAACGCAGGGUUACUUAUGUGAUGGGUGAUGGAACCAUAAUAAUGCAAUUUAAACGCGAAGAAUUUUUUUUUGUAUUGAACGGUCUUCAGGCGGAAAUUCCUGCACACGGAUUCCAUUAAAUAUCAGA